AUGAGCAAGUCGUCGCUGAGGCGGCACAAGCGUCUGGAGUGCGGCGUGGAGCCGAAAUAUCAGUGCUAUCUCUUCUUAUUUCCAUGCAACCAUUGUCACAAGGGCUUCAGAUACAAGCACAAUCUCACCCAUCAUCAGAGAUACAAGUGCAACAAACCGCCGCAGUUUUGCUGCAUGUUCUGCGAGAAGAGGUUCACGUCGAAGGGAUAUUUGAAGAUCCAUGUGUCUCAGAAGCACACGCAAUGCGAGAAGUGCCUGAAAAUUUACAAAUACAAGCAGAACCUUAAAAUCCACCAGAAAACCAACUGCACGAGACGCGCGUCUUUCAUCUGCGCGGUGUGCGGCAGGAGGUUCUCCAGUCAGGGGUUCCUACGGCGGCACAUGGCCUCCACUUCUUGCGCCAGCAGAGGCGGCGUCGAGAAGCUCGUCGACUAA